AUGACGGACAGGCCAGCGUCGCUGUCCGCGCAAUAUCCCGAUCCCAGUCAAACUGCGUCGACCAUCGUCGCAGCCGCGCCCUUGGACAAUGCGAUUGACAAGGGAGAAGUUGUGGAAGAAGAGCCAUACACGAUCAAGUGUAUUUGCAACUUCGCCGACGAUGACGGGAGUACGAUAUUCUGCGAGACGUGCGAAACCUGGCAACAUAUUGAUUGCUUCUACCCCGACAACAGGGAGGAGGUGUCACGCGAAGACUUUGCACACUCGUGCGCCGAGUGCAAACCGCGGCAGCUCGACACACAAAGAGCCAUCGACCGAAUUUUACAACUUCGAAGUCCAACCCUAGAAGGACCCUCGGAGAAAAAGACCAAGCGCCCGCCGUCCAAGAGCCACAAGAAGCGAUCGAAACCAAAUGAAGCACAGGUUAAUGGACACACUGUCCCUUCUGAACACCCAAAGAUGAACACGGCAGGCGAACACCCACCCACCGCGAAGAAGACAAAAACCUCUCAUAAAUCCUCCCAAUCCAUCAGUUCACAACAGGCGAAGCGAAGCCCCUCAUAUGGAAAUUCGCGAUCCACGCUUGUCCACCCUCCAAGCCCUGCCACAACCCCUCCCGACCUUCCCGACGACUUUCAAAUCCAUCAUUACUCCGAAGGCUUCUAUUCUCUCUACAAUGAGCACAACGUUCCCGAAUCGCACAGCAAUAAAUUCGUCAACCUUGCAAUUCCUACUGCCCUCGCACGCUGGUUACACGAGCCCGAUAUCCUGAAGCAGGAAGUUGGCCGAACCCAUCAAGAAGUAUUCCAAGAGGAGCCAUCGGGUGAUGAGGCAAAAAGGCCAACGCUUGAGGUAGAGGACGCGACCCGUGCUAUUAACGCAGACACUACCCUAAGAUGGCGUUUCCUCAAAUCCACAACACCGAUAGAGAAGGACGUUCUCCUUGCUGAAUUGAAUGGGGAGAUUGGAUUUCAAAAGGACUACUGCAUCGAACCUGACAAUCUCUGGAUGGAUCUCUCAUCACCCCUACCAUUUGUUUUCUUCCAUCCUCUGCUCCCGCUCUACAUCGACACGAGAAAGGAAGGAUCCCUCGCUCGUUAUGUACGACGAAGCUGUAAACCGAAUGCACAACUGGACACCUACCUAUCCAGUGGUUCGGAAUAUCACUUUUGGCUUGUCAGUGAUCGUCAUAUUGCUCCGAAUGAACAGAUCACUUUGCCCUGGGACUUUCGACUCGAGAAAAGCGUUGGGCCUCGAUGGAUGCACCUCCUUGGUUUAAGCGACGAUGAUAGCACCAACAGCGAGGAGCCAGAGAUGGACCACACAGAAUAUACAGCGAUAUCCAACUGGAUCGAUCGUAUUCUUUCUGAAUACGGCGGGUGUGCCUGUGAUCUGGACAAUGACUGCGCCUUUGCUCGCUUUCACCGGCAUUACUUGCAUGUCAAGAAUUCAUCCCGCUCGUCAACGAAAAAGAAACAGCGCAAGCCUCGAGCACAGGCCAUGUCACCAAGCAGUACAGGGCAUGCGACUAACAGCCGUGCGGCCAGCGAAGGUCAGCCCGACAACGGCCCUGAUCAAGAUGGCCGAUCUCAAACCGGAUCCUCACGCAGUAAACCACCAAGCAGAGAUCCCACACCCCUUCGGCAAGGGUCAUUCGACCAACUCGGGAUCCUCACUGAGCCCACAGAUCGUGAUAAACGAAAAGUGGCCAUGGUUGAAGAUUCUUUUCGGAGGAUGGAACAACAACAACCGCCUCGAAAAAAGAAGCGGACGUCAGAUGGAACAACAGUAUCAAAUUCCUCCAAAACCAAACGAGCUGGAUCCACAUCUCAUGGGAGCUAUGUUGAUGCCGGCACAUGCAGAAGCAAGUCGGGAUCACCGAUAACCGCUCAUUCACCCCACUUCCCAAAUUCAUCGAACUACAUUGCAAACCGACCCCCUUCGGUGAACCUAUCCCGACCUUCAUCAGCGGGCCUGCGGCCAACGUACUGCAAUGUCGGUGUCCAGACAGAUCCUGUUCCGGGCGAAUGGUACAAUCAUUCGAAAACGUCGCCGCGACCGAAAAAGAAGAUCAUCCCACUCGCUCGGCGACUUCUGAAUUGCAAACAGAGGAUGCAGUGUGACGAUGAUCAAACAAGAAAACAUCUUCUUACUCCUCGAGCGUCGUCCGCCUCUGUAAUGGAUAUCGAAUCGCCUUUAUCAACAAAAAGCCCAACGACUGGAUCCAACGACGAAACUGUCUCUCCAUUAAUGCCCCGUGCUAAGGAUGUUCUCAUGAUCGACACGGCAACCACUUCGACUCCUUCAAAGGUGCUCCCAAUUGUCCCCUCAAAGACAAAGACGCCAGAAUUGCGAGUCCAAAUGCCACCGGUUCCCGCAUUUGACAGCCACGGGAGCACGGGAGCCGGCCAGAACACGACGCCUCUGUCAGCGACAAGUUCAAUCGCCCAGUCUCCGCUGUCCGCAAUCAGCCUGUCCAACCCAUUUGGCCCGCCCGGGAUCAAUGGGGUUGCUGUGUUACCAUCACCAGCCAAAAAGAAGCUGAGUCUGAGUGAUUACACCAAGAGAUCCAAAGCAGCUAGCAAAGCGUCCAGUGGCCCUACAAUAGUCAAACCAACGCUGCCAAGUCCAGAGGAGGGCAAGAUGGCCAGCCUUGAUGCUCAGCUAGUUCAGGCUGACGAAGAGGCCAGCCCUUUAGCUAAAGAGGCGACAAACGGUCACUUAUAA